UCUGGUGAACUGCGGUAUACAUAAAAUUGUGCAGUGAUCGCUAGUUACUUUUUGAAAUUUUUCGCUCGCUACGUGUUAGCCUUUUUGAAAUGGCGGAAAUCUGUUCUGGUAUACAACGUCAAACCGAAUGUCACUGGCAUUUAAAUUAUUUUUCUUGCAAUAAUCAUCUGUCGUAGUAAUUGACGAUUAUUGAAUCGUAAUGUCUGCCCUAUUUAACUUCCAGAGUCUAUUGACAGUAAUUUUAUUACUGAUAUGCACAUGUACAUAUAUCAGGUCCAUUGUACCCAGUUUGUUGGACAAGAGAUUAGGCAAAGUUGGCUUGCAGGGAACCUUUUGGAAAUGUGCAAGAAUUGGUGAAAGAAAGAGCCCGUACGUGGCAGUCAGUUGUGUUUUCAUGGCUUUUAGUAUUUUGUUUUGGACCUAAAAUUUAUAUCAAAAUACUGAAUGGUUAAGAACUAUAUCAACCAGAGAGGUGUAAUUAUGUGUCAAUUGUAAACACAGUGGGGUUAAACACAAAUAAAAAGUAUAUUUAUCUACAAGGUUUAAA